UUGAUUGGAUUACGCAUAUUCCAUCCAACUAUUUUUCAAUUUAGGGUUUCUACUGAAUCCGAAAAACAUCGAACCCUAAAGAUCCAUACAAUUUCAAAGCAAAUUCAAUCCAGAUAUGAAGGGACACAAUCCGAUUGAGGUGGCGAAGACGGUAUUGGAGGUGGCCGACGUGGCAUGGUCAGCGGUGGAACACUGUCACCACCAUACCCAUAAUCACUCCGAAACGACGCCGUAUGAUGUGUCUGAACAAGAUGAUGAAUUGAAAUCGUUGAGGUCUGAAAACGAGCGGCUGAAACGGUUGCUUCAACAAAAUCUUGUGCUUCUUCAGAGCAUGUCACAAUCUCCUUUAUUACUUCAAGAUUGUCCCCCUGAUCUUCAUGAUCGUCUGUUAGCUGCUGUCGAGUCCGGAAGCUUUUUGAAACAGCUGGAAUCACUCAAUCGAAAUUCCGUUGAUGGGAAUGGCUGUCAAUUUCCUUUCAAGGAGCCUACUGGUUCUGACAUGGAGACGGCAGAACUUCUGGUAAACAUGAGCCUUGAAGAACCAAGUUGGUGGGUUUGGGUGACUGAGGAAAUGGUCCCCAGCAAUUUUGAAGAAAGAAGUGGAAUAGAUAAUGAGAAUUACGUGAUUGUUAGUGAGGAAUAUGUUGUAGAUGCAGUUGCCAACUUUAUGGCUAGAUGCAUAGUAUCCAAUUCGAAGGCUCAGAAGAUGUCUCCUGAAGAACUGCAAAAGACCUUGACAAAAGCAUUAGAAGGCACAGGUAAAGUAGAAAAAAUGUUCAACAUUUGGCAUGCAGCACAAACGUUCUACGUCCUUUCCACCUGGGGACUUGCUCUAGUGGGGUUGUACAAGAGCCGAUCUGUUGUCAGACUUGCUGCCAAAGGGGUUCACAAGACGAGCAAAAUGGUUCUAAGGGCUCUUUGAAGAUGUUUUUGCUGUGUGCUUUCAACAGGAUUGGUUGUGAAUAAAGCCUGUAAAUAUUAACUUCUUGUACAGUCUUGUAAAUCAAAUCAACCUUAUGCGUCUUCCAAUUUAUUUCUGUGCUGGAAUAUUGUAUAUAGUGUGCAAUUUGAAAUCAUAUUACUUUAUUGAGCUUGCAAUUAUCACUGCA